AUGGGGGGCACGUUUGGAACGAGAAGUAUUCUGUGGAUAGGCGUUAUAGUUAUCGUGUCUCGAUUCGAUCCAUCGAUAGGCCUGCCGGCCGAACAACCGACGAAAUUCUCGCUGAACACCGGCAAUGUAAAUUCCACGGACGCUGUCUCGACGUCGAGAUUGGACCAAGGACGAGCACUGGCCAGCGAAUCGCAGAACAGUGUGGCCACGGUGGUGGUAGAAAAAUCCGUGGCUCUGAAUCCUGGACAGCAGUCGUUAGAAGCGACCCAGGGUCCGCCAGUGAUCAAUACUCGACCGAACUCUCGAGAAACAGUUCGAUUGGAGACGGAGGGGGCGCAAAGUCUCCUGGAAAGGCCAAUUUCCAAGCCCAUCAGCGGAGUAUUAGAAAGUUUGUUUAGGCCUACGCCUUUGGUGGACAACAUCAAGGAGCAAGAGAAAUAUGGAAACUCCGGGGACAAGUUCAUAGGAAUUGGCAGGGCCCUCGUCAACGGAUUCGAAGGUUUCAGCAACUUUCUCAACGCUGUAGUUGACUUUCCACGAAUGGCUGCCAAAAAGACGUCCCGCGGAAUCUCGGAGGCGCUGAAUAACGUAGGAGCGCGUCUCAUCGGUCUCGAGUGA